AUGAGUUAUAAUGAAGCAAUAAAGGGGGCACUCGAGCUUGACCCAUGGUUAGAACCAUUUUCAGCUCAAUUGAACGAGAGACAAUCAAGAGCUAACAAGUGGAUUGAAACAAUUAACAAGGCAGAAGGGUCACUUUCAAAGUUUGCAUCAUCGUAUCAGAAGUAUGGGUUACGUGCUGACCCUAAAACGAAGAUAAUUACAGUGUAUCAAUAUAUUCCAGAUGUGAAAGAAGUUUCAUUAGUUGGGGAUUUCAAUAACUGGGACCCGCAAAAACACAAGCUCAUGAAGGUAAACGACUUUGGGUUAUGGGGGGCGUCGAUUCAUCCUGUCAAUGGGGAAUAUGCUAUUCCCCACGAUGCACGUUAUAAGAUUACCAUGGUUUUACCAUCUGAAACAAGAAUAUACAGGUUAGAUCCCUGGGCAGUCAGGGCAACUUCUUCGAAAGAGGACCAUGUCUACGAAGGUCGCUUUUGGAACCCACCAGAACGUUACGAGUUCAAAUAUCAACGGCCUAAAUUAAAGCACGGAAUUAGAGUGUACGAAGCACAUGUGGGAAUAUCGACCCCGGAUCCAAAAGUUGGCACCUAUAAGGAUUUCACACGGAAUGUUUUACCCAUUAUUCAUAAGUUGGGAUAUAACACUAUUCAGUUGAUGGCUAUCAUGGAGCAUGCAUAUUAUGCUUCUUUUGGAUAUCAGGUUACUAGCUUCUUCGCUGCAUCUUCUCGGUUUGGGACCCCCGAAGACCUCAAAGAGCUUAUAGAUACGGCCCAUAAGUUGGGAAUUAGGGUUCUUUUAGAUGUCGUGCAUUCUCACAGUUCAAAGAAUGUAGACGAUGGUUUGAAUAUGUUCAAUGGUACGGACCACUACCUUUUUCACGGAGGGCCGAAGGGUAAUCAUGACCAAUGGGAUUCCAGAUUAUUUAACUAUUCAAACUACGAAACUUUGAGAUUUUUACUUUCCAACUUGAAAUAUUAUGUUGACACUUUCAAAUUUGAUGGAUUCAGAUUUGAUGGUGUUACAAGUAUGCUUUAUAAACAUCAUGGUUUAGGGUUUGGUUUCAGUGGCGAUUACAAUGAAUACUUCAAUCCAGAAUGGGUUGAUAACGAUGCGAUCAUGUAUCUUAUCCUAGCCCAUCACCUUUUUAAAGACAUUGAGAAUGAUGCGGGUAUUCAAUGUACGACGAUUGCGGAGGAUGUGAGUGGAAUGCCUACAUUAUGUUUGCCGAUUUCUGAUGGUGGUAUUGGUUUUAACUACAGGUUAUCCAUGGCAAUUCCUGACAUGUGGAUUAAGAUCUUGAAGCACUUAAGAGACGAAGAAUGGGAUUUGGCUAAUAUUGUUCAUACUUUGACCAAUAGAAGACAUGGUGAAAAUUGUAUAAGUUAUUGCGAAUCACACGAUCAAGCUCUAGUAGGAGAUAAGACCCUUGCUUUUUGGCUUAUGGAUAAGGAAAUGUACACCAACAUGUCGGUUUUAUCUCCUUUGACGCCGGUUAUUGACCGAGGUAUGGCUCUCCACAAACUUAUUAGGUUAGUGACAUUUGCUCUAGGAGGGGAGGGAUAUUUGAAUUUUGAAGGUAAUGAAUUUGGCCAUCCCGAGUGGUUAGAUUUUCCUAGAGUAGGUAAUGGAGAAUCAUAUCAUUAUGCUCGCAGACAAUUCAAUUUGAUUAAGGAUGACCUCCUUAGAUAUAAGUUCCUUUUCAAUUUUGACGAGAAAAUGCAAGAAAUUGACGAAAAGUAUAAUAUUUUGGACAGUAAUCAAGCUUAUGUCUCUUUGAAGAAUGAAGGUGAUAAAGUUCUCGUCUUUGAAAGAAAUGGAUUGUUGUUUGUAUUCAAUUUACACCCAACAAACUCAUAUCCUGACUACAAGGUAGGUGUAGAAGUAGCAGGUACGUAUGAAAUCGUUUUGAAUUCUGACGAAGGCUGCUUUGGUGGGCAUGACAGAAUUCAAGAUGUUGACGAUAAAGGUAAAAAGCUUGAAUUCUUUACAACCCCUGAUCAAUGGAAUAAUAGAGCAAACUCUCUUUUUGUUUAUAUUCCUAGUAGAACUGCAAUAAUCUUGCAGCUCAAAGAUAAGAUUUAA